UACACACACUCUCACACACCACUCCACUACAUCUAUAGCCCUCCAAGAGAUCGGGCUCACUGUCACUGUGGCAGUAGCUGACGCCAGAGAUUACUGACGUGUUUGUGUGUUUGUUUGCUUUGGAGAUUGUUGAUCAUCAUUUUCUGCCUUGACUGUGCUACAACAAGUUUUACAGAAGCCACGAGAUCUGUCCUAAUCUGGGGUUUCCUGGUGCACGGGAGCGCACGGGUUCCUAGUUGAUAAGGAUAUAGGGGCACGAGUCCCCGGUACCCAUACCGGGAGGAAGGAUUGCAUACCCCCCUCUCUCUGUCUCGUACCGACACUCACGGCUGUCAGUACACGGCAACAGAGGCAGCAUCGUGAGCAACUGAGUCUCAGUGACACACGUGUUUCAAAACAUCCCCUGGUUCUGUGACCGUUUGCGUUAUUGUGUGUGAUCAAACUGCAACGGGAAUAUGGCUAAAGAAGACCUCAAGUGCGCCUCGCGAAUGGAGAGCGAAGCGCGCCCAGGCAAACGGCAGUUUUGCUUCAGAACGGUUGCCAAUGUCGCCUCAUUCGCCUUCUCGGUUGUCUCGGUGGCUUUCUGCGUUUUCCUGAGCGUGCAAACCGCCGAGAUCAAGGCCCGCGUUCUGGACCUGGAAGCCGGUACCAGGGAUGGCGAGUGGGGUCUCUUUACCUCGCGACCUCCGGGAUUUCAAAUGGAGGACUUUAAUUCACUGAUACAGCAGCGCGUGGACGAACUGCUCUCUCAGCGCACCUACGAGAACAUGGUCAAGAUUAGGACUGCCCGCCAGACCUCACCUGAAUGCAACUGCCCUCCAGGACCGCCUGGAAAGAGAGGACGACGCGGACGCAAUGGAGACACUGGUCCACCAGGCCCUCCUGGCCCACCUGGUCCCCAAGGUGACAAGGGGGACCAAGGUGAUCAGGGACCCAGGAUGGUCUUCCCUAAGAUCAAUCAUGGCUUUCUCUCAGCUGACCAGCAGCUAAUCAAGCGCCGGCUCAUUAAGGGUGAUCAGGGUUCUGCUGGUCCUCCAGGGCCACCGGGCCCCCCAGGCCCCCCUGGACCCAGGGGCCCCCCAGGGGACACUGGAAAAGACGGCCCCCGCGGAGUACCUGGGCUACCGGGUGAUCCCGGUGACCCUGGUGAUGUUGGCCCUAUGGGACCCGAAGGCCCUAUGGGAACUAAGGGUGAUAUCGGUCUGCCAGGUAGUCCAGGCAACGACGGCCUUAAGGGCGACACAGGUAGUGCUGGCUUUGAUGGAGCAACAGGAGCCAAGGGGGAAAUGGGAGAACGGGGUGAGAAGGGCGACAUGGGAGAGGAAGGACCCAGAGGCGAAGUCGGCGAAAAGGGUGACUCUGGAUCUUCGGCUGCUGGUAUCAAGGGUGAACCUGGGGAGGCUGGUCGCAGCGGACAAAAGGGGGAGCCAGGACUGCCAGGGCUGCCUGGACUUCCCGGGAUCAAGGGUGAACCGGGGUUCCUCGGGCCUCAGGGAGAACCAGGACUUCCGGGUCUUCCAGGAACUAAGGGUGAGAGGGGAGAGUUGGGGCCACCAGGCAAAGGCGAACGGGGAGAGACCGGACCCGCCGGACAGAAGGGGGCAGAAGGUGAAGCAGGAACCCCUGGCGCAAAGGGGACAAGGGAGGUGAUUUAG